AUGAACAGAAACAGGACGUUAAAAGGGGAAUUGUCGAAUAAAAGGACAUUUACACACAAAGCAACCUUCAUGUAUAACUUAUUAAAUAUGAAGUUUACAUGGUUAUGGGUAUUUUCGCUUGUGAUUGUCUGUCAAAGCUCACCAAUAACGGUACAAUUACAGAAGAAUGGGAAAGAAUGUGUUUACAUUGAUGUUGAUGACAGUGACUGCAAAAUAUCUUAUUACUUCGCAGUACAAGAGGGAGAAAACAAUGCCUUCAGAGUAAGCUAUGAAUUAUGGUCUCCGGACGAUACAGAGUAUCCUAUGAUUUACAAAGAUGACGAAGAGCAAGGGCAAUGGACAUUUCCUGCGAAACAUACUGGUGAAUAUGCGUUAUGUGUCAUUGGUGAUGAAUAUCCUAAGAUUGUUGAUUUAGACAUUGUACAGAUAUGUUUCGAUCAGAUACCGAAGCCAGCAGAUCCUCGUUUGAUAGGAGAGACGAUAGAUAGUUCACUGGUGAGGACACUGCAAGAUUCUGUAAAUAUAAUAGAGGAUCAGCUUCAAGUCUUGGAAAGAAAUUUGAAGCUGUACAAAUCACGUGCAGAAAGAAACCACCACACUGUUAAAUCAAUAGCAUCGAGGUUGGUCACCAUAUCAAUUUGCUCCAUAGUUCUUGUACCGACGAUUGCUGUUCUAGAAAUUAUAAUAAUGAAGUAUAUUCUAGGUAAAUUUAAAUCAUAA